AUGGCCAUGGGAAUACGCACCAGUAAAGGUGGCGAGCAAGACGAAUGGGCGCCGUUCUUACAGGCCGCAUUCCGAGUCGCUGAGCAAGCGGUGGCGCAACCCGCUUUCCAACAGAUUGGUGCCGCUGCGCUCCAGCUGGGAGCCUCCUGUGCCGCUUUCAACCUUACCCUCGCCAUCACGCACGUGACUGCGGGCUGCCUGCGUAUCCAUUGCGCUACCCCUCUGCUUGGCCCGCUGUGGGGGGCGGCAUCCGUGGCGGCGGCGUCGGUGGCGGCGGGACACGUCAGCCGCAGUACGCUGGCGGCGCUGCGUCUGUCAUACUGCGAUGCUGCCAGCGGCAGCGGCAAGGGCGGUGCUAUCGCCAGCAGAACGGGCGUGGGCCUUACUCUCGCGCUUGCGUCCCUGCCUCGCCAGCUGCUCACGACCUGGGAUGGGCGCGAGGCCCUUGUAGAUGCGGUGGUGGGUCCGCUGCUGUACAAGGUCCUGUUCCGUCGGUCCUUCCGUCAGCUGCUUCCGAGCCACCUGGCGCUGCCGGGUGCCUUUGGCCGCAUGCACAUCCCCACCAGCUCGGCUGAGUACUCCACGGCAGCUGAGAAGGCGCAGCUGUCCGUCAUAUUUGGCCGGGACGGCUGCCACCAUUGCGGCACCCACAUCAACGGAGUUAUCGGGGACCACAUGCCGCCGUACAAGGUCGUACGCGACACGCUGGCGGCUCGAGAAGCGGCCAGCGGUUUGGAGAAGAUGUUGACAAAGGCCGCGGACUUCCUCGGGCUCAAGGAUGAGACUCUCAAGCAGCGUUGGGACGCCGCAGCAGCUUCCCCCGCCCUCGUGGACUUGAUCAAGUCCGGAAAGGUCGAUGUGAAGGGAAGCCGUGUGCUGGUGCCCGGAUGCGGACGCGGUUACGACCUGCCCGUGUUCCGCGCGGCUGGUGCAGCGGAGGUGGUGGGGCUGGAGCUGGCGCCCACGGCGGCACGGGAGGCGCGGACCUAUCUAAGGGAAGCUGGCGACGCGGGGCAGGAGGUGGAAGCGGAAAAAGACUCCGGUGCUGGGGCAGAAGCGGAGACGGCUGGUGUCGAGGGAAUGCGCGUGGAAGAGGGCAAUUUUUUCCUGUGGAGCGACCCGCGGGUCGGUGAUGGCAACUGGGACGUGGGCUUUGACUACACGUUCGGCUGCGCCAUGCACCCCGGUGACCGGCAGCAGUGGGCCCAGCACUGGUGUCGCCAUGUGCGGUCGGGCGGGGUGCUGGUGACGCUGGUGUUUCCAGUCAACCCGGAGGCGGACCCCGAGGCGGGGCCCCCCUACCCCGUGUCUCCGGAGCUGUACACCCAGCUGCUGUGUCCGCAAGGUUUUGAGGUGACGUAUCAGGAACCCGUGCCGGCCGAGCUGAGCCAUCCCUCCAGGGUGGGGCGUGAGGUGAUGAUGGUGUGGCGGAAGAACAGGGCUGGGGAGGCGGCAGCAGUGACGCUAACUGGUGGAAACGGUGGUGGAGCUGAGAGGGAGGCAGCGGCGGUAUUCCUGGACGAGACUGGCAAUGUUGAUAUGGCGGCGGGAGCAGCGGUGCUAACUGGAGGGACCGGUGGCCUGCUGGGGGCCCAGCUGCAGACCCGCGUGCGCGCCGAUGGCAGCUGGUGCCGCUUGCUGAAUUUGCGCAAUCUGGUAUGGCAACAUUGCCAGCUGCCUCUGAAUGCCCUCAAGCAGGUCUACGUCGAGCUUACUCGACGUGCUGCCUGUGUCCGCUAUGGAUCCGCAGAGCCUGGAGGAGUCCUCAGGCAAGCCCGUGCCACGCUGACCUUCUCCCACACGCGCGGUUCCGUGUCCGUGCCGGCGGCUGUCUCGCUGGACCCUGUGAACCACAUGCGACUGGCGCUGGUGGAUGUGGGCGUCGGGUUAUUCCAGGCCACCUUUGGAUACGGCCGUGUAUAUGUGGGCCACCUGACGCAUACUAGCUGUUCCAUCAGCACUUCCGCUUGCGUGUACUAA